AUGGAUUUCUCCGCCGGCGGCGGCCGUGGCGAGCCGGCCCGCUGGCUGGAUAUCGCCGGAAAGCUCCUCGCCGCGCGGGACCUGGUCGGCUGCAAGCGCCUCGCGGAGCGCGCGGUGGACGCCGACCCGCUCCUCCCAGGAGCCGACGAGCUCCUCGCCGUCGCCGACGUCCACCUCGCGUCCCAGCGCCUCCUCCCCUCCGGCCGCCCCGAUCCCCUCGCCGUCCUCCAGCUCCAGCCCGGCCCCGACGCCGCCGACGUCAAGCGCUCCUUCCGCCGCCUCGCCAACCUCCUCGCCUCCCCGCGCAAUCCCCACCCCGGCGCCGACACCGCCCUCCGCGCCGUCGAGGAGGCCUACGCCCACCUCUCCGAGACCACCUCCAGCGGCACCCCUUCCGCUGCUCCCGGCGGCGCCUCCGCCGCGGCAGAUACAUUCUGGACGGCCUGCCCCCACUGCUGCCACGUGCACCAGUACGAGCUUGCGCUGGCGGGGCGCAAGCUCAGGUGCCCGAGCGCCGGGUGCCGGCAACCAUUCGUGGCCACCGAGAUCCCGUCUGCGCCGCCUAUUGUGCCGGGCACCAACAUGUACUACUGCGCCUGGGGUUUCGUCCCAAUGGGCUUCCCCAAGCCCGCCGAUGUGAGCACCAACUGGAAGCCAUUCCGCCCGAUGCCGCCACGGGAUGCAUCUGCUCCACAGCCAGCACCUCAGCCAUCAUCUGUCAGUAAACAAACUGUGCUGAAUAACAGCGGACAUACUAAUGCCAAUGCACCGCCAUCAAAUGCGCAUCCAGCAGCUACGAGCGCUGGUGGCGGCGUCGUGGCAGGGCCACCCAGAGGUAAAAUGAAGAAGACAACAGCCCGCAAGAAGGUCGGCUCUGCCCCGAAGAAGCAUGCUUCCAGUGGUGUGGAGAGCGGCAUCGAGCCAUCUUUGCUUGGGUCGGAUUGGAACGGGAACGUGGAGGGUGGAAUCGCGGUGAACUCCAAGGGAAUCAACAUAAAUGAGGUGGCAAAGCCAACUGAUGGCGGCAGCACAAUGUUGCAUUUUGGCGGGGAUGCGGACAUCGGGUUCGACUUGGAUGUUGAUGCAGCGGAUGAUAUAAUGGGGAAUUUGCACAGCCUGCCAUUCUUGAGGGAGGAUGACAGUUCCAGACGGCUGUUCUAGUUGCUGUGGUUGGUGAUGGUAUUAUACCGUAGAAGUAGUGUAGCAUAUGAUGGUUGGAGGAGUAUCCUUUGCUGUCACUUUUGCUUUUAGUGUCGUGUCAGUUAUGUUGGUCUUAUGCUUCGUAGUAGUCUACCCUGUGUAUGUAGAUAGUUGGUGCUCUGUUGUAGCAUCUACUAGAUGAGUACUCUAGAUUAUAGAGCAUCCCUAUAUUAGUUUUGGGGAUUUGCAGUAUCUGAUAUCCCCAAAUCAACUCAAGGAGCUUACUGGUGAAGCAAAUAAGGCUCCCUUCAUGGAUGAUCGGUCGGUCAGGCUAUUAUAAGAGUUUAUCAUGCAACUGAGGUCUCAUGGAGCAGCCCCCCAAAGAACUGUCUGGACUACAAAAGCUCCAUUUGUUUGGCGACGUCAGUGAUUGCCUUGACCACUCAUCAAAGAAGCUGAAUAAGAGAAGCGCAUGGCUUGGUUUAGCGGAUAUUUAUCAGUAGCUUGCAAGCUGAACUUCUCCCUUUUGUUGUUCCCUAAGCUGGUCAUGUAGUGUACUAGCUUGAAAUGUAAGCAGAAAAUGCCAGCAGUGUCUGUUUUUGCUACUUGUUCGCCGUGUCAAUUAUCAGGCUCCAUUGUCUGCUAACUGAUCGCCAUAAUAAUCAGCUAGCUCUUGAUCCUCGAA